GUAGUAGGUACAUAUAGUAGUAUAAUAGUAGUGUGGUGGUGGCCGCCCCCGUCGCCGCCGAGCAGUCGAACCCGAAGCAGCAGAGAGAUAUGUCAGUGAGUAGUAGUACGCGGCUACGUUAGGCUCGCGUGUGCUCUACUACUCUACCUAUACCUACCUCUACCCCCGUCGGAGUAUUGUACCUGUAUACAUCAAUCUGCCCUACACACACACGCACAAUCGCAUGCAGCAAGAGUGUGCGUUAUAAUAAAAGCUCCUAUAUUUAUGCAGUUUGCAGCAUGUGUGCAUCAUGCUCUCGAGUACAGUGCAGUUUUAGAAAUGAGCUGCUUUACUACUACUACUACUAGCAGUGGCACCACCACCACCGCUACCUCUACCAGCACGAGUUGCUGCUGCUGCUGCUGCUACGCGAGGAGUAUAUUAUCGUCGAUCGGCUGUGCACCGGCUGCAUAUAAUUGAUUAACAACAAGCGUGGGGUUUGUUGUUGCUCGUUUCGAGCAACGAGCGAGAGAGCUGCGAGCGAGAGACGACGCUUAUCGAUUGCUCAACUGCCUUUGCACCGUCGUCGUACCGUUGCUUCGUCGUGCUGCCAUGCUCCUCUAAGCUUACUCUCUCUCUCUCUCUCUCUCUCUCUAUUUGCUCUCUCUCGGCUGUGCCUGAUGCUGCUGCUUGACACAUACACACGGAUAUAUACUAUAACAUAGACAUCCUCGCGCGUGCUUUUGCUUCUGCUGCUGCUACUCUGCUGCUGCUGCUGCUGUGCACUUCUGGCGCGCACACACCUACAUACACGGACACAUAAUAUACACACAGAGACGAGAAAGCUCCCUUUUCAUCUCUCACUCUCUCUCGCGGGUUGCAUUCUUCUGACCUCCAUUUAGCAGUAGUAGAAGCAGCAGCAGCAGCAGAGUAGCAGUAGGCAGCUAAUUCUCGGAGAGAGCGAACGAGCUAGUGAGUAAAAGAGAGAGAGAGAGGAGAGAAAAGAGGAGAGGAGAAAAGUGCAUACAUGGAACGCCCAAAGAUCCGAGUGAUUUUUCGGUAACGCUGGAUUCGCUACUGACAAUCGUUGAUCCGAAGCAAUGGACGGGGCGGUCAGCGAGACCGAGCACAUCGAGCGACUGGCCCGAGAGGCGGAGUCCUUGAAGAUUCGCCUCGACGACGAGCGGCAAAAGCUCAACGAUGUCACGCUAUCCGUCGUUGCCGACCGGCUCGAGCCAAUAAGCUGCAUCAAUGUGAAGCCGCGCAGAGUCCUCAAGGGUCACCAAGCCAAAGUCUUGUGCUCGGAUUGGUCGCCCGACAAAAGACACAUCGUCUCAUCCUCCCAGGAUGGCAAAAUGAUCAUCUGGGACGCUUUCACGACGAACAAGGAGCACGCGGUGACCAUGCCCACGACCUGGGUCAUCGCCUGCGCCUACGCGCCGAGCGGCCAGCUCGUCGCCUGCGGUGGCCUCGACAACAAAGUGACCGUCUACCCGCUGAGCCUCGAGGACGACGUCUCGGCGAAAAAGAAGACGGUGGGCACGCACACGUCGUACACGUCCUGCUGCGCCUUCCCCAACAGCGACCAGCAGGUGCUGACGGGCAGCGGCGACUCGACCUGCGCCCUGUGGGACGUCGAGAGCGGCCAGCUGCUGCAGAACUUCCACGGCCACUCGGACUCGGUGAUGUCGAUCGAUCUCGCGCCCAGCGAGACCGGCAACACCUUCGUCUCGGGCAGCUGCGACAAGCUCGUGUUCAUCUGGGACAUGCGCAGCGGCCAGUGCGUGCAGAGCUUCGAGGGCCACGAGUCCGACGUGAACUCGGUGCGCUUCCAUCCGAGCGGCGACGCCGUGGCCACGGGCUCGGACGACGCCACCUGUCGACUCUUCGAUCUCAGGGCCGACAAGGAGGUGGCCUCCUACACCAAGGAGUCCAUCAUCUUCGGGGCCAACGCCGUCGACCUUUCCAUCAGCGGCCGACUGCUCUUCGCCGGCUACAACGAUUACACGGUCAACGUCUGGGACACGCUCAAGUGCCAGCGGGUGGCUCUGCUCUACGGCCACGAGAAUCGGGUCUCGUGUCUGCGCGUCUCGCCGGACGGCACCGCCCUCUCGACGGGCAGCUGGGACACGACGCUGCGCGUCUGGGCUUAGAUCCUUUUUUUACUUUCCUUUUUCUUUCUUUUAGUUUUUGUUUUCAAUUAUAUAUAGAGCGGGCGAGAUUCGAUUAUUUUUCGAGCGCACAAAAAAUGAUGCCCGUGUGACUGGUACUGUAUACCGAGAGCCGUGUGUAAAUGUGUGAGUGUGCGUAUGUGCGCGCGUGCGUGUGCGUGUGUAUGACGACGAUGAGCUUGCAGCAGCGAAAAAAGCUCGCGCGAAGCUGUUUAUCAAGCGUAUGCGUAAAUAUACGCUCGCGUCGAAAGCUUCGAUAUCGUUCGAUAAAAUCCGAUUAAAGGCGUAUCGUUUUUAGCCCCCCCCCAUUCUCUGUAUACGAAUUCGGGAGAGAAAAAAAACUUUUUUUGUUGUUUUCGCCUUUUUUUUUGUCCAACUCGAAUAUCUUCGAUCGCAGUAUAAACACGCCGUUGUACUUAUCCGCUGUAUAUCAGUGUCGUCGGAUUACAUUAUAUACACGUGUACUGCCAGCUAUACUAUGUAUAACUUAACAAAUAUGAUAACGUACUAAAAUAACCAUAUUUCACAUAAUAAUUAUAUAAUAACGAAAAAAAAAAUCAUCAAAAUAAUACAACGCUUGCAUGGGGGGAAAAAAAAUUCGUGACGCUCCAUUGAAAAUAAUAACAUUAUUAUACGCGCGCGCUGCUGUUAUAUGAAUAUAAUCGACGAGAUUAUCGACGAAAGUUUAUGAUCACUUUUUUCUUUAAGUUUAUUCAAAAUUUAUUCAUUGAAAGGAGAGAGAGUUGGAGCGAGAGUUGAGCGAGCACCGAACAAAUCGUAGAAACGUUUUGAUUUCAUUCCAGUGUGCACGAUUAAAACAAAACAUUUUCUACAUUUUGAAAGGUUUUAGCACUUCAACGUGAAAUCAUUCCGAAGCAUGAAUACAUUUAACAAAACAAACACCAUAAUAUUACGAUAAUUGUAAGAAAAAGAAAAAAAAUUCAAAUCUAUUAGAGGACAAAAAAAAUGCAAGUACGAAACUGCACAAAAUAUUCAAAUUCAAAACGCAUCAAGUGAGAUUAAGUAUAACUAAAAUAUUAAUUGUUUAAGAUUUAAUUAUAAGGAAAAUAUAAUGAAUGUAUACAGUGGAUGUGUAUACCUCUGAAACAGAGGAUCAAAAAUAAUCAAUGACAAUUGAAUCUUUUAUGGGAAUACCUUUAAUUGAAAUUUGCCAUUGUCAUAAAUAGAUGCAGAGCGAUUCCGAAUUUUAGAAAUAAAUCGCGAAGAAUUUUUUCGAAAAAUCAGCUGCCGAAAAGAGAACAUAGCGCUCAUUUAUUGCCGCAAUUCAUCCUUAUUAAAUGCCAACGAUUCAAUUUAAAGAUAUUCUCAUGAGAAUAAAAAAGACUCAAGACUGCCGUAUAUGAAGGUCAUUUGUCAUAGAUUAGAAAGAAAAUUCACAAAUUUUAGUCGAUACGUGAAGACGUGUAGAGUAUCACGAGCUAAUAGCAAUUGAGUAUAUCAGAGAUUUAUUCUAAGGAAAAAAUUCUCAAUCGAAAAUAAUAUGUGAUGUUCUAGUCAGGAAAAAAAAAAAUAUUAUUAGGCUGGUCCUAAUUUAUAGGUCUUCUGGACAAUAGGCGCAUUUUUGAAAUGCGCAAUAGAUUGAAAAAAAUAAAUCAGAAUGAUAUAUAUUGUAAUUAUCAUCGGUAUUGCGAUUCAAUGGACACACAAAUUGAAUACGGACUUUAGUUAUUAGCCAUUUUCAGUUGAUAACACAACAUAUGAUUUUUAACGAAUGAAAAGUUGCAAUAUUUUAUGAUUUCCUCGAGUCAUUAUAUUUUUUCAUUUUAAAUACUUAAUUUUCAAAAAUAUUUUUAAAAAAAUGGUGUGUGCAUGCUCAAAGGAUAGUACAGUUUACUGACUGCAACAAUUCAUAAAAACUUAAAUUGUGCUAUCGAUGCGAAUAAAAAAGAACAGAUUUGUAUUGAGAAUAUGGAUUUUACCACGACCUUUUCCCAUUAUAAUUACAAAAACUGCCACAUAAUUUAUGAUAAAAUAGUUUUAAGUAGCGUAGAACAUACGUCACUUAUUGAAUA